AUGAAGCGCUGUAAUUAUUGUAAUCGCGAAAUUGCCAGUAAAUCCGGCCCACAUUGCGAUAAAUGCAUAAAAAACCAAGCCAAAUACGGAGCGGUAAGUUGUUUUAAUUUUUCUAAACUAUUUUCAGCCAACCACCUGUAAAUAUUGUAAACUGCCCGCCGCAUUUGUUGAUCAAAAAUGUGUUCAUUGUGCAUACUCUGAGAGGAAAAAUGGACCACCAAAGGAAUGCCCGAACUGUCGACAAAAAGCGGCGUUCAAAGAUCCCGCUAAACCAGUAAGACAAAGCAUGUGUAUUAUUGUAUUUUGUGUUUAGGGAAAGCUAUGUUGUCGGCCGUGCGCGUUGAAGUUUGGGAAAGACACCAGCUCGAAGCAUCGACGACAUUCCGAGCAUGCAACAACGUCGAAGACAAGCAAGCAUAGGUAAGAUUUGUUAUAAUAAUUAUUAUACAUGUCUCGUACAGCAAUAACGCAGGCUUUUCUUUGACUUACUGUAUCUUUCCCAAAAUUAGCUCAUCCUUGAUUACUUUUAGUAAAGAGCGAUCUUCCCAUUCGCAUUCAACAUCUCAACACAAAAGUUUCACUUCCAACGCGCUUGCAAGUAUAAUGCCAGUUAUUGGGAAGAAUGUCAACAGUCUGACUCCCUCCACUUCCGGGAUUACAAUGUUGGGAAUGGAAUCCCCGGAAGAGAAAAUUCAACAGCUAAGGGAAAGAAAUGAGGAGUUGCAACGACAAGUCAUCAAUCUGCAAAAACAGUUGCGAGAGAAGCAAGAAAGAGUCGUGGAAUUGGAAGCAGAGAAAUAUCUGCGAGAUAAUGAAGCGGCAGACAAGGUCAAGGAAAUCAAGGGCUUGUUUGACUCUACUGUAACAAAGCUGCAGAAACAGAUAGAGCAACUGCACAAAGAGGUAAGUAGAAAGUCGAAUCCUUGACUUUCCAAUUUCCAUUCUAUGAUUACAUUAAAAUUUUUUCUUUACUAAUAGAAACACUCGAAUUGCAGCUCGCAACAAAGAAGAAGUAG